UAUGUACUGUACACACAGACUGCCCAGUCCCCCGCCCUGUAUAUGUACAAACAGCGUGCCGAUGCCACAGGAAUCUAGAAGGCGGGGAAGGAGAGUUUGCGAGGGAAACCGCUAAUGAUAGUAGCUCCAACGCGUUGGGGCUUUUUGACAGGUUGUUUGUGCGACGCGUGAGGUGUGCAGGAAACGAGGCGUUCCGCUUGGCAUCCUGGGCGAGGACGAAGCAGGUCGAGCCUCCACACAACCUCAGAGGCUUGACGGUUAUAAAAAGGAGCGCUUGGUUACUCGCAUCCUUAGUCUGUCCGUUCAAUCGAACUCCAUCUUGGAACCCAUCUCGUCACCCAUCGCAACUCCAAUUGACCCCUCAACCCCAAAACAAACUCAACGAUGGCUCACCAACAACAACCCCCAUACCCGCCCCAAGGCUACCCCCAACAACAACAACAACAACAAUACCCUCCUCCUCAGGGCUACUCGCAACAGCAGCCCUACGGUGCCCCCUACGGCGCUCCACCCCCGCAACCGGGUGGCUAUCCCCAACAACAGUACCCGCCGCCCCAAGGCUACCCGCAACCCGGCUUCCCUCCCCCGCAACAGGGUUUCCCUCCCCAACAGCCCUACGGUGCCCCGCAGGGAUACCCGCAACAGUAUCCACCCCAGCAGGCAUACCCUCAGCAGCAGCCGGGAUAUGGAGCCCCGCCGCCUCAGCAGGGAUAUGGAGCCCCGCCACCUCAGCAGGGAUACCCUCAGCAACAGCCGUAUGGAGCCCCACCGCCUCAGCAGGGUUACGCAGCUCCCGUGCAGUCGUUUUACGCGACGGGCUCGCCUGCGUUGUCGGCGCAGGAAUUGGAGAGGGAUGCACAGGGGUUGAGAAAGGCUAUGAAGGGGUUUGGGACUGACGAAAAAGCCCUGACAGAGAUCCUCUGCAAACGCACCCCCGACCAAGCGCCCGCGAUCGUGCAAGCGUACCGCGCCCAUUUCGGCCGGGAGCUCGUGAAAGAUCUCGAAUCGGAGUGCGGCGGCAAUUUCAAGAAAUUGAUGGUGUUCCUCACCAUGGCGUUGCCCGAACUCGACGCGACGUGCUUGAAGGAGGCUAUGGCUGGAAUUGGGACAGACGAAGACGCCCUCAUUGAGAUCCUCGUGGGCCGCACCAAUGUCGAGCUGGCCGCUAUCAAGCAGGCGUACCAAGCUAAAUACAAGAAAGACCUCAUUACCGUUGUUCAGUCAGAGACGUCGGGGCAUUUCAAGAAGUUGCUUACGGCGGUGCUGCAGGCUAGUCGGGAUGAGAGUGGGCAGUCUAGGUGGGACGUCAACGCCGACGUGGAAGCCUUCUACAAAGCCGGCACAGGCAAAGUCGGUACGGACGAGAGCGCCUUCAUCAGCCUGCUCGUCAACCGUCCCGAAGCGCAUCUCCGCGCCGUCUUUGCAGCAUAUAAGGCCAAAUAUAACUUGACCUUGGAAGCCGUCGUCAAGAGCGAGUUCUCGGGGGAUGUCGAGAAGGCGCUUGUUAGCGUUAUCCGCUCGAUCGAAUCCCGCGCCGCCUACAUUGCAACCCUCUUUGAGAAAGCGAUGGCGGGCAUGGGCACCAAGGACAACAAGCUGAUCCGCCUGGCCGUUCGCCACCGCGACCCGCGCGUCAUGGCGAUGAUCAAGCAGGCGUACCAGCAGCAGAAUGGGAAGACGCUGUGGGCGAGGGUGGAUGGGGAGACGAGUGGGGAUUAUGGGAAGGCGCUGUUGGCUUGUAUUGGGGCUUGAUGUAGGGUAUAGGGGGAGUGAGGGUGGAAGGGCAUUUGAAGGGACGGAUGGUCGUGGUAUGCAAGAUUUUGCAAACGGCAACACUUUUUGGG